AUCCUCAAGAUGAUGAUGAUGAUGGGAGAAAUGUGGCCUCAGCUGGGCUCAGUGAUUGCCAGUGCCAUGUUUGCAUAUGCCAUGUUUCAACAAUACUUUCCUUAUCAACUUCGAGGCCCUAUUGAAAAAUAUACCCAGAAAUUGUUCGGCUAUGUGUACCCUUACAUCCAAAUUUCCUUUGAUGAAUAUUCCGGCGAGUGGUUCAAGCGCAGUGAACUCUUUGCUACCAUCCAAAGCUACCUCAGCACCAAGUCCUCUACAGAAGCGAAACGACUGAAAGCUCAAGAUGUCAAAGACAGCAAGUCUCUAGUCCUUGCCAUGGAUGAUAAUGAAGAGGUGACAGAUGAGUUUCAAGGCAUUAAGCUGUGGUGGGCUUCUAGGAAAAACCCGCCUAAACAAUCUUCAUUCUCCUUCUAUCCUCAGUCUGAUGAGAAAAGACAUUAUAAGCUGACCUUCCACAGACGCCACCGCGAUAUAAUCAUGGGGUCUUAUCUAGACCAUGUGAGGAAACAAGGUAAGGCAAUAGCAGUGAGCAACAGGCAAAGAAAGCUCUACAUUAACAAUCCUGCUCAGAAUUGGUCUGGAUACAAAGCAACUAAAUGGAGCCCUGUAGUCUUUGAGCACCCUGCAACAUUUGAGACCAUAGCAAUGGAGCCGAAAAAGAAAGAGGAAAUUGUCAAUGACCUCAUCAAGUUCAGCAAGGGAAAAGACUACUAUGCGAAAAUAGGGAAGGCUUGGAAGCGGGGUUAUCUCCUGUAUGGGCCACCAGGCACUGGUAAGUCCACUAUGAUUGCUGCCAUGUCUAACCUCAUGAACUAUGAUGUUUAUGAUCUUGAACUGACCACGGUGAAGAACAACACUGAGCUGAGGAAGCUGCUGAUUGACACUCCAAACAAGGCUAUUAUUGUGAUUGAGGACAUUGAUUGCUCCCUUGAUCUCACGGGGCAACGAAAGAAGAAGAAGGAGAAGGAUGAUGAAGAUAAAGAAGAAAAUGAUCCGAUUAAGAAAAUGAGGGGAGGAGAAGAAAGCAAACCAAGUGAGGUUACGUUAUCCGGGCUAUUGAACUUCAUUGAUGGUAUUUGGUCAGCUUGUGGAGGUGAAAGAAUCAUUGUGUUUACCACUAAUUAUGUGGACAAACUUGAUCCUGCUCUCAUAAGAAGAGGAAGGAUGGACAAGCAUAUUGAAUUGUCCUACUGUUGCUAUGAAGCAUUCAAAGUGCUUGCAAGGAACUAUUUGGAUAUAGAGUCGCAUGAACUGUUUGGUACCAUUGAACGGUUGUUGGGGGAGACCAACAUGACUCCAGCUGAUGUGGCAGAGAAUUUGAUGCCCAAAUCUGAUAUAGAGGGUGCUGAUUCUUGUUUGAAGGCCUUGAUUGAAGCUCUCGAGACUGCAAAGGAGGAGGCAAGAGUGAAGGCAGAGGAAGAAGUGAAACUGAAGGCAGAGGAAGAAGCCAAACUGAAGGCAGAGAAAGAAGCAAAAUUGAAGGAAGAGGAAGAAGCAAAAUUGAAGGCAGAGAAAGAAGAGAAGGAAAAGGUUGAGUCUGUUAAAGAAGAAGUGAAGUGUAAAUUAUGUAAUGGAACAUCAGCCAAACAAGAUGGGAAAGAAGAUGGAGACAUCCAUUGAAGAUGUGGAAAGAGACACAAACAAUCUGGAAUUCUUCAUAACUAGAACUGGGGGUUAAAGUAGUGUGCAAUAAGAAUUAUUUAGAAGUUUUUACAUUUUGCUUAGCAAUUAAUGAUCAUUUUUAUGAGUUUUAAGGAAAUAAAAAAUUCAUGUUUCACGGAACCAUUGUAAUGCCAAUUGAAACCUAAAAAUUAUUUAUAAUCUUACUAUGCAAAGCUGAAGUAACAGUGCAAAAGCUUCAUCAUUCAACAACUCAACCAUAUAUAUG